CGCCUCAGAGAGUCUCCUGUGUUCAGACACCAGCUGGUCUCAGUGUUCAUCCUGCUUUCUCUUACCAUCAUGUCCGACACUGAGGAGAUUGUGGAGGAGUACGAGCAGGAGGAGGACGAGGAGGAUGUGCAGGAGGAGGAGGUAGAAGAAGAAGAAGAAGAAGGAGAAGAGGAAGAAGAAGAAAAAGUUGAGGAAGAAGAAAAGGAGGAAGAGGAUGAGAAGGAGAAAGAGGAUCAUACAGAAGAAAAUGAGUCCAAACCUCGGCAUAAGACAACAUAUGUGCCAAACAUCGCUCCUCCAAAGCUCCCCGAUGGUGAGAAGGUGGAUUUCGACGACCUGCACCGCAAGAGGGUUGAGAAGGACUUCAACGACCUCCAAAGCCUGAUCGAAGUGCACUUUUCCAGCCGCCAGAAGGAGGAGGAAGAGCUCAUCGCCUUGAGAAACCGCAUCGAGCGCCGCCGGGCAGACAGAGCCGAGCAACAGCGCGUCCGAACGGAGCAGGACCGCGAGCGCCAGUCACGCCUGGCCGAGGAGAGGGCGAGGCGGGAGGACGAGGCCGCCAAGCUUCGCGCCGAGGAGGAGGCGAAGAAGAAGAAGAUCUUCACCAACAAGUCAUUCGGCGGCUACCUGCAGAAGGUGGACCAGAAGAAGGGCAAGAAGCUGACGGCGCGGGAGGAGAAGAAGAAGGCCCUGACGGAGCGCCGGAAGCCGCUCAACGUCGACCACCUGAACCGGGACAAGCUGGCGGAGAAGGCGCAGGAACUGUGGCAGUGGCUCCACCAGCUGCACGCCGAGAAGUUCGACCUGGGCGAGAAGCUCAAGAGGCAGAAGUACGACAUCUCCGUGCUCCGGAACCGAGUCAGCGACCAUCAGAGGGGCUCCAAAGCGCCUAAGACCUCUCGCUCGGCCAAGGGCAAGUCCGGCUCCUGGAAAUGAGAGCUGCUCCGUCCGACAACGGUUUCUUUGGACUAUUUGGCGUUACAACUGUAUCAUAAAUUAUCUUGGAGGGAUUGUGUGUGGACUAUAUGGUGACUCCAAUUUAGUGUCAUAAAAUCUUAACUGAUGUAUAAAUAUCUGCUUGAACUUACUCUCUGCUGCUGAUAUUCACCGGUGUAUCUCUUCAUCACUUGUGGUUAUUAAAACUUACAAAAUGU